UUUGACGAUAUGACAUUUGACAAAGAUUUUAUAGUGAUAGAUGGUAUUUUGAUUGAGGAUACAGUAGCUUCAGCCAGAGCAGAGGUCCAGAACGGCGUGGACGUGCCACGAACAACGAUUGAUUAUCCAGAGGGUCCUAAAAUAAUAAAUGAUGUCAUUUCUAUAGCUGACUUGAAAAUAUCUGACAACGAUGGACAUUCUACUGAUGAGAUAGUAAACAAAACCUCUUUGAACGAUGCCAAUAUUCCAAAAAUAGAAUUAAUUAAAGCGCAACAUAUAGAAGAUAAUGAAGAAAUGAUUAAAGACUUAAACACUGAGACAAUUAAGGGAGUAACUGAUUGUCAGGGAACUGGGGAUACUGUUAGUGAUGAUAAUGCUGAAGAUGAUUAUGAGAGUAAUGAUUUUGAUAUUCAACUUGUGAAUGUAGAUGGAGAUUGCCUUCUUAUACAUAGAGGCAAAACUAAUGCAGAUGAGAUUAAUGAUGAAACAAAUGAACAAGAUACCGAUAACAUGUCAGAAGCCAUUCAAAAUGAACUACCUCCUGAAAAUAACGAAGAGGGAGAAGUAAAUUCUCAAAUUGAAGUUUCAAACCCAAAUACCAAUGAAAUGAAAAAUAAAGUUUGUGCAAACGCUGCAUGUAAUUUCACAGCAUCAGACUAUACGUGCGAUAUUGAAGAUGAAAAUGUAGGUUCAUAUUCACAAGAAAACAAGAAUGAUACUAAAACUUUGAUUUCAGACACACAUGUAGAAACAAAUGUGCAGUUCAAAGAUAACCCUAGUCAUGACAGUUAUAUAAAUAUUGGAACCUGGUAUACAAUAAUGACAGUGCUAAGUAAAAUAGUACUUAAGCGUAAUCGUUACAAAUUAUAAGAUAUGGCUCCUUAGUGUAGGGUAUUUGUUUGUCUCAAUGAUCAUACCUCAAUGUCUUUCAAUUUGAUUGUUUAAAGCUUAACAGCAUGCGCAAUAAAUAUUUUUUCUACCUCUAACUGUCUGUGAUACAUUAAAAUUUAUUCAGAAUGAUUAGAUUGUCAUUAAAGAGAUUAUAACCAUAUGUUUGUUGUUGUUUUUUUCAUUAGCGUAAAUUAAAAUACAGUAAAAUCACACAAAACCGGACAUGGUCGGGACCGGACAAAAUUUCCAGAUUAGCGAGGAUUUAUAGCAUGGACGUUCUUAAACUUACUUUUAAAGUCUGAUUUGGGAGGGGGUAUUAAAAUUAGUGCUUACUUGUGUAUUUUUUUUUGUAUUUGAAUCCUUACUUUUAGUUGAUAGCAAUGUUUAAUUCAUGACUAGUGUAAAAAUUUAACACAAACAUGAUAACAUGUACAAGAAUAUCAUAUUCAAUACUUUUGUGUGAAAUAAAGAUACAUAAAUUAUU